GCCCAGCAGCGCCAGAGUUGUGCAGAGUUGUGCAGAGCAGGUUUUUACUGACAGUUGAGGAGCUGCAGGAGCUGUAGGAGGUCUGCGGCUAACAUCUUCACAGAUAGAGACAAGAGGAGCAUCUGAACCUCAGCACCGGCGACAUGAGCAAGGACGAUUUAAUCCUCCCCAAGGACUUCCCUCAGCUGAAGAACGACACAUUCCUGCGAGCGACGCGAGGGGAAGAGACUGAACAUGUCCCUGUGUGGUGUAUGAGACAGGCGGGACGAUACCUGCCAGAGUUCCGUGAGUUCAGAGCAGGGAAGGACUUCUUCGACACCUGUCAGUCACCGGAGGCCUGCUGCGAGCUCACCCUGCAGCCUUUGAGACGUUACCCGUUCGAUGCCGCCAUCAUCUUCUCUGACAUCCUGGUUAUCCCACAGGCCAUGGGUAUGGAGGUCCAGAUGGUUCCAGGUAAAGGUCCCACGUUCCCGGAGCCCCUGAAGGAGCCAGAGGACCUGCAGCGUCUGCAGGCCAAAGUGGACGUAGGCAAAGAGCUCAGCUACGUCUUCAAAGCCAUCACACUGACCAGACACAAGAUAGAGGGCAAAGUGCCGCUCAUUGGAUUCACCGGAGCUCCGUGGACGCUGAUGGCCUACAUGAUCGAAGGUGGAGGCUCGAACACCCACUCUAAAGCAAAACGCUGGCUGUACCGGCACCCUGAGGCGAGCCACAUGCUGCUGAGGAUGCUGACAGAUGUGGUCGUGCAGUAUCUGCUGGGACAGGUGGCAGCUGGAGCUCAGGCUCUGCAGGUCUUUGACUCUCACGCCGGCAUUUUGGGCCCGGUCGAAUUUAAAGAGUUUUCUCUGCCGUAUCUUCGAGACAUCGCUCGCUCUGUCAAAGACAAACUGAAGGAGGAAGGAAAAGACGUCCCCAUGAUUGUGUUUGCAAAAGAUGCUCACUACGCUCUGGACGAUCUGUCUCAGUCUAACUAUGAGGUGGUCGGACUCGACUGGACCAUUGACCCACGAUUGGCGCGGGAGCGCACAGGAGGGAAGGUCAGUCUGCAGGGAAACAUGGACCCUUGUGCUCUCUACGCUCCAAAGGAAAAGAUUUCAGACAUCGUGAAGAAAAUGUUGGAGGGUUUUGGCACGAGAGGCUACAUCGCCAACCUGGGACACGGCCUUUAUCCCGACAUGGACCCGGAGAACGUGGGCGCCUUUGUCGAGGCUGUGCACCAACACUCAAAACAGAUGAUCAAGCAAAAGUAAAAAGAUGAAUUGUGUCUGUUUUUAUAAAAAAAAAAAAAAAAGCAGUCAGAAGAGUCCAUUCCUUGUAUGAAAAAUCAAAAAAACAUCCAGACCUUCAAAACAUUUCUAUAAUUGGACUACGAGCUCAUCCAUGGUGGGUUUAAAGAACAAACAAGAUGUUGGUUUUCUAAGACAAGAUUGUCUUUCCCUCUAUAAUAUGUUGAUGUGAGCUCCAGUGGAUUAUGUGUUUCUAUCGGAGAGGGAUGACAACCCUUUCGCAGUGACAUGUACAGUAGUAUGGGAUUUGUAUGAUGAUUGGAUUUAUGCAAAAAAUGUUCAAACAGCUUUGACUUGUAGAUGAAAAAUAUUCAUCAUCCACUCGAACUUAGCGUAAUGUUACUCCAGCAUUCAGACACGCAGAGUCAAAGCUCUUCAUCAGUAUGAAAAACUACAGGAAGUAAAAACAACAACAACAACUAGUGAUGUGGAAACAGAGGAACACAUGACUACAGUGAUUAAAAUCAAUUCUUAAAGAGAAACGUCAAAAACAACACGCUGGAUCUCAGAAUGAAAAGUUCUAUUUGUACUCCAGCUGAUUCAAAGAUUGCUUGUUAAAAAUGAAGAUGCCUUACUCUGAUUGUGUUUUUUCCACCAUAAAUCUUAUUUUUCUCUCUUACUUUCAUCAACUCAGACUUGUAGAAACAUUGACAUGUGAAGUGAACCACGGUGUAACCUGAGAGGUCGACUGUGUCUGCAUCAGGCUGUAUUCUUCUGUUGAGUAAAUAAAGAUGAUUUCAUUUCUA